CUCACCGAGCGGCGGCGGGCGGGGGGCGACGGGGCGCGCGGCCCGGCUCAGAGCCGCCGCGCCGCGACCAGAGGAAGGGGCCGCCGGCCGAGCCCGCCCUCCACUCGCCCACAGCGGCGGCCGGCCGGCGGGCACGCGAGCCCAGGGCGCCGGGAGAGGCCCGGCCGACACGCGCGUGGGGGGCUGCGGGCCAUGGCGCCCCUGGCCCCCGCCGCCCGCCGCCCCCGCCCGCCCGGGCGCCCCCGAGCUGCGCCUCGGAGCCCGCGGAGCCUCGACCCGCCAGGAGGCGACUUGGAGCUCUUCUCAGUGCUGACAUGAUGACAGUGUGCAGGCCGGCCAAGGGCAACCACAGCCAGACUGAAAACCUGGGCUACAAGUUGGCUGACAAGGUCAAGGUGGAAGGUCCGAAGGCUGGGGAAGACCCUCAAAGGCAGCCACUUAAGUCCUCCAUUCCUUUCCUAGAGACUGAUCAGCAUUUACCCUUCCGAAGAAGCCCACUGGAAAGCCUCCUCAACUCAGUGCCAGAGUCGAGCGUGGACUGUUUGCAGCAGAACAUGAUCAGCUCAAAUAUGAUCAUCAGCGACCCAGGUUCGGAUCUCAGCACUAAAGGAACCAGCAGGGCCGGCAAGAGGCAGCACAGUGGUGUUCAGAACCCCUGCCCUCCUGCCCGAGGUGGGGCCCGGCACAAGUCCCUCAGCAUAAAGGACAAGAUAUCAGAAUGGGAAGGGAAAAGGGAGUCGCCCGCUCCUGCCCCUGGCAGGAAAACCGACGGGCAAGAGGAUUACCUGCCGUCCUGUGUGAUGGAGAGGAGAGGUAGCGAGGGUGCAAGGACUCGAGCCAGAGAGGCUCAGAACGGAACAAGACUGGGCCCGGAGAGUAAAGAGGAUGCGAGGAAUAAAGGGGCAGCGGAAGUCAGGGCGUGGGAUGCAGAGGGGAGGCAAGACCCAAGCCAGCCCGCCCGGGAGCUGGCUCCACGUGCGGCCAGAGGCCGGGAGCCAAGUCUUAGCAAACAGCGCUUUCAGAAUGACAGCCUCUCUGUGCUGAAUCAGGUCAAGAAACUUGAGCAAGCCCUGAAGGAUGGGUCUGCAGGGUUGGAUCCCCAGCUACCAGGCACUUGUUAUUCCCCCCACUGCCUGCCGGACAAGGCCGAGGAGGGGCACCCCCUUCCUGAGCCCCGUGGGAGCGGGAGCGUCUCCGAAGUCCGGGCCCACCCCUUGGACCUGGAAGCCAGGGAGGCGGCCCCCGAGGCUGCAGAGCAAAGGAAAGGCUCUUGCGGGAGGCCCUGCGAUCCAAGCCUGGAGAGUGGGUACAGGGAGGACUCCCCCUCGAAACCCUUCAUCAACCCCCUGCCCAAACCCCGGAGAACGUUCAAACAUGAUGGAGAAGGGGACAAGGAUGGGAACCCCGGCAUCAGCUUCAGGAAGGAUAAAAGGAACCUGCCUCCUCUGCCUUCUCUACCUCCCCCGCCCCUGCCCUCCUCCCCGCCGCCUCCCUCUGUGAACAGAAGACUGUGGAAUGGGAGACCGAAACCCAGUGCUGAUCACAGAAAGUCCUAUGAGUUUGAAGACUUACUGCAGUCUUCCUGUGAGAACAGCAUGGUGGACUGGUACGCACAGACUAAGCUGGGGCUCACACGCACUUUAUCGGAGGAGAACGUCUAUGAAGACAUUCUAGAUCCACCAAUGAAGGAAAACCCCUAUGAGGACGUUGAGUUACAUGGCCGCUGCCUCGGAAAGAAGUGUGUCCUGAACUUUCCAAGUUCUCCCACCUCUUCCAUCCCUGACACACCAGCCAAGCAGUCAUUGUCCAAACCUGCUUUUUUCCGGCAAAAUUCAGAGAGGAGGAACUUCAAACUCCUGGACACUAGGAAGCUGAGUCGAGAUGGAACUGGGUCCCCUUCCAGAGUCAGCCCUCCCUCCACCCCCAGCAGCCCCGAUGACACUUUCUUUAACCUCGGAGACCCGCAGAACGGCAGGAAGAAGAGAAAGAUACCCAAGCUGGUGUUGCGAAUCAAUGCCAUUUAUGAGGCCCGGAGAGGAAAGAAACGGGUGAAGAGGCUGUCCCAGUCAACGGAGAGCAACUCAGGAAAAGUGACAGAUGAGAACAGUGAGUCUGACAGUGACACCGAGGAGAAGCUGAAAGCCCACAGCCAGCGCCUGGUCAAUGUGAAGUCACGUCUGAAGCAGGCCCCAAGAUACCCCUCCCUGGACCGGGAGCUCGUGGAGUACCAGGAGAGGCAGCUCUUCGAGUACUUUGUGGUGGUGUCCUUGCACAAGAAGCAGGCUGGGGCUGCAUAUGUGCCAGAACUCACCCAGCAGUUCCCUCUCAAGCUGGAAAGGUCUUUCAAGUUCAUGAGAGAAGCUGAGGACCAGCUGAAGGCUAUCCCCCAGUUCUGUUUCCCCGACGCCAAGGAUUGGACUCCUGUCCAGCAGUUUACCAGUGAAACAUUCUCAUUUGUCUUAACUGGAGAAGAUGGGAGCAGGAGGUUUGGUUACUGCCGAAGACUGCUGCCUGGCGGCAAAGGAAAGCGUCUCCCUGAAGUCUACUGCAUCGUGAGCCGUCUGGGAUGCUUCAGCCUCUUUUCGAAGAUCUUGGAUGAGGUGGAAAAACGACGAGGCAUCUCUCCCGCCCUGGUCCAGCCUCUCAUGAGGAGCGUCAUGGAAGCCCCUUUCCCAGCCCUGGGCAAAACCAUCGUUGUCAAGAACUUCUUGCCAGGAUCAGGAACUGAAGUGAUUGAACUGUGCCGCCCGCUGGACUCCCGGCUCGAACACGUGGACUUGGAGUCUCUCUUUUCCUCUCUCAGCGUCCGACACCUGCUGUGUGUUUUCGCCUCCCUGCUUCUGGAACGGAGGGUCAUCUUCAUCGCAGACAAGCUCAGCACCCUGUCCAAGUGCUGCCACGCGAUGGUGGCGGUCAUCUACCCCUUCACCUGGCAGCACACCUACAUCCCCGUGCUGCCGCCUGCCAUGGUCGACAUUGUGUGCUCGCCAACGCCCUUCCUCAUCGGGCUGCUCACCAGCUCGCUGCCGCUGCUCAGGGAGCUGCCCUUGGAAGAGGUCCUUGUCGUCGACCUCGCCAACAAUCGGUUCCUCAGACAGAUGGACGACGAGGAUUCCAUUCUGCCCCGGAAGCUGCAGGUAGCCCUGGAACACAUUCUGGAACAGAGGAAUGACCUGGCGAGUGAGCAGGAUGCCGGGCCCCCGGACUGCAAGCGUGGCCCUGAGCCCAGCCCCCUGAACGAGGUGGUGUCCGAAGCCUUUGUCCGCUUCUUCGUGGAGAUCGUGGGCCACUACUCCUUGUUCCUGACGGCGGGCGAUCGUGAGGAGAGGAGCCUGCAGCGAGAGGCCUUCCGCAAAGCCGUCUCCUCCAAGAGCGUCCGCCGCUUCCUGGAGGUCUUCAUGGAGACCCAGAUGUUCCGGGGCUUCAUCCAGGAGCGGGAGCUGCGCCGGCAGGACCCCAAAGGUCUGUUCGAGGUCCGAGCCCAAGAGUACCUGGAAACACUGCCCAGUGGCGAGCACAGUGGUGUCAACAAGUUCCUGAAAGGACUAGGCAAUAAAAUGAAAUUUCUACACAAGAAAUAACCCUCAACCCAGCCUCAAGAGACAGCUUCCACCUAGCGCAACCACGUGUUUUAAAAACAGUCCCGGCGGCCUUUCUGAAACCUUGGGUCCUUGGCUGUCCCGGAUGCUGGGAUAAAGGCCAUCCCUCGGCAAUGCCCAGGACCCAGGACCCAGGACCCCAGAGCUGCCUGAAGGUGGUGCCUCCUCAGCACCGCACUGGAAAUGGGACCUGACACCAGGCACGAGCAAAUGGAUCGCUUUGGUUGUUGGUUUUGGGGGUUUUGAUUUUUUUUUUUUUUUUUUUUACAUCUUAGAUAUUAAAAAAAAAGAAAGAAAAGUGUUUGGCUUUUCUUUUGAUGAUGCCAAGGCCAUGUCACCUUUCUCUGGCUCGUCCUGCCUGGCAGCUCAGCUCUGGAGCGAAGAGAAACGGAGGCGAUGGGAAGGAGCGGCCACCACAGAACUGGAAACCGGGGCGCUCCUCCCGGCAGGACCGCGGACCAGUGCGGCCGAGGGGGCAGCACUGCGGAGACCCUGCCCACACCGCAGACACCAGGCCCCAGGCGUUAGGGCCGGGGUCCUCUUGAGGAAAGGACCAGCAGGAGGCAGAUCUGGGCCGAAAGGAAGAAUGGAAACUGUAGGAGGAGUUGGCUUCCUGGGAUGAGCUGUGCUUCCAGGCUGGCAGGCGAUGCCAUCUGGUGGCGGAGGCCAUUUGUUGUCCUGCCCUGACUCCUCACCCCAAAUGGACCUGACUUUUCUGCACUGCCUCUUUCCUCUUAGAAGCCAUAGAACUGUCCCCUGCCUGAGUGGCCCAUGACUUUUAUUUUAUUUUAUUUUUUGGCUUUCUAGGGCUGUGCCCACAGCAUGUGGAAGUUCCCAGGCU